AUGUACGAAGAAUACAUCAACAAUUUUAUCAUAGCGGGUCACAUAAGCAGAGCAGAGCCAUCUACGAAACAGCAACGCACGAUAUUCCUGCCUCACCAUUGCGUGCUGAAGGAGGACAGCACUACGACGAAACUUCGAGUGGUUUUUAACGGGUCGAUGAAAUCCAGCAACGGAGUGACGCUCAACGACUUGCUGAUGACAGGGCCGGUCGUGCAGAAGUCUCUUUACUGCAUUCUUCUCAAUUUCCGAACCCAUCGAGUUGCAUUAACCGGAGAUAUCGAGAAAAUGUAUCUGCAGGUUAGAGUGUCACCAGAGGAUAGCGAUCGGAUUCGUAUGAUCUGGCAAGAGCCGGGUCGAAAGGUGGCUGAGUACCGGAUGAACACAGUCACGUUUGGUUUAGCAUGCGCACCUUUUCUGGCAACACGCACCCUUAAACAACUUUUCAUCGAUGAGGGCAACGAGUUUCCGAUAGCGAAGGAAUCGGAAAAUGACAUCUACGUCGACGACUGCUUGACCGGUGCUGACACCGUCGAGGAAGCCAUCGAGAAACGGAUGCAACUGACUAGACUCCUACAGAAAGGCGGAUUUCCCAUUCGCAAGUGGGCCUCAAAUGAAUCUUCAGUGCUGCGAGCUGUUCCACCCAACGACCGAGCAAGUGAGUUGGCCUUAGACCUCGAACCCGACCCAACAAUCAAGACGCUUGGGCUAAAAUGGCAGUGUCGCAGUGAUUUGUUCGUGUUUGUGGCGAAUUGUGAUCCCUUCCAAGCCGUAUUCACCAAACGACAAGUGCUCUCAACGAUAGCGAAGAUAUUUGAUCCUCUAGGAUUGAUCGGACCCGUCGUAACUAUUGCAAAGGUCUUCAUGCAGGAGAUAUGGAAGAUUGCCAGUGACUGGUCAGACCCGCUACCGGCCUCUUUCAACCAACGAUGGAGGACGUACCUGACCCAUCUACGAGAAGUCUGGAGAAUUAAGGUGCCUAGGAGAAGCAUCUCGAUCGACAAACCCACACGCAUCUAUCUACACGGUUUCUGUGACGCGUCGGAGCUCGCAUAUGGGGCGGUAAUCUACUUACGCGCCAUUGACAAGUAUGGUAACACCAGUUCGCGCCUUCUGUGCUCGAAGUCAAAGGUUUGUCCGAUCAAUCGCCCAACGAUUCCUCGCAGCGAAUUGUGCGCUGCCGCACUAUUAGCAGAAUUGAUAAAGACGGUCAAGCAGAAUCUUCGCCUAGAGAUCAACCAAACCUUAGCCUUCAGUGAUUCGAUGACGACUUUAGCGUGGAUAGCGGGUGACCCAUCAAGAUGGAAGACGUUCGUAGCAAAUCGCGUGGUGCAGAUCAACGAGAUUCUUCCUGCAAUCAACUGGAGGCACGUACGCACCCAUCAGAAUCCAGCCGAUCUCUUAAGUCGAGGUGCAGCUCCCGUGUCACUUGCUGAAAAUCAUCUGUGGUGGUCGGGUCCGGACUGGGAACCUGAAAGUUUACGAGAGCCGCAAGAAGUUCAUCUUGCGCCAAAGGAGAAGGAGGCGAUGGACAACGAGAAGCGCAGGUCAGCAGAGGUGGCUUCUUACUACAUGGUAGCUAGCGAUCUUCUAGAUGACAUCAUAGCGAGGUAUUCAUCUUAUCGAACUAUGGUCAGAGUUACAUCCUGGAUGAUCCGUUUCGUCGUCAACAUUCAACUCCCCCGAGAACACCGAAACACAGGUCCUUUAUCAGUGGGUGACUAUGAGGCAGGUGAAAGAAUGCUCGUCCGAUAUUCACAACAUCAGGCGUUCGACGCUGAAAUCACGGCACUUCAACCAGUGCUUCAACAAGGCGAACCCUUGCCGCAUAAGAGUAAACUGUGGCCAUUAACACCAUUUCUGGAUGGCGGACUCCUCAGGGUGGGCGGCAGGUUGGCGAGGGCGGAUAUGAUCUACGAGUCGAAACACCCUUGGAUCCUACCCGCAGGUUGUCGUUUAGCGAAGGUUUUGUUUCAUCAAGAACACGUGAAGAAUCAUCACAUCGGAGCACAAGCACUACUGGCGUUCACUCGGCGACGAUUUUGGGUUCCAAACGGAAGGAAUUUGGCACGCAAUACUGUUUGGAGCUGCAUUCCGUGCUAUCGAAAGAGCCCAGAGCGUGGUUUGACUCAGCCAAUCAUGGGACAGCUUCCACCAGAACGAGUGAAUCAGGCCCCCCCAUUUUUCAUCAGCGGAGUCGAUUACGGUGGCCCCAUCACAUUGGUCGAUCGUCGCGGCAGAGGCGCAACAUCAACGAAAGGGUACAUCGCUAUAUUUGUAUGCUACGCAACAAGAGCCGUUCACAUCGAAGCGGUUACGAAACUCACAACUACCGCGUGUCUCGCAGCGUUGAGGCGUUUCAUCGGGCGUAGAGGAGCAGUUGGACAUCUCUAUAGCGACAAUGGUACAAAUUUCCAAGGAGCAUCGCGAGAAAUGCGGGCAUGGUACAAAAAAAUCCAAUCGGAUGAUCACAAUCAGCGAGUCGCUAAUUUCCUGUCGGCUGGAGGCACACAGUGGCAUUUCAACGUUCCCGGAGUCCCUCAUCUAGGCGGCCUGUGGGAAGCGGCGAUAAAAACCGCAAAACACCACCUCAACAUCGUGACCGGAAACGCGCGCUUAACCUUCGAAGAAUUUACCACUUUGUUGAUCGAAAUUGAGGCAAUCAUGAACUCAAGACCAAUUUCUCCAUGCUCAAAUGAUCCAAACGAUCUUCAAGCCUUGACACCGGGUCAUUUGCUGAUUGGACGACCCAUCAAGGAGCAGAAUGAAAACGGAAAUUAUCUUCCCAAUCCAGAUGUCCCCUACGACUUAAGAUUCCGGUACAUAAUGGAGCUGAAGAACCAUUUCUGGGAACGUUGGCACAGGGAAUAUAUUCCCGAACUCCAAAUCAAAGGAAAAUGGCAAAAACCUUCGAACGAGAUUAUUCCCGGGGAUCUAGUUCUCAUCAGAUCCAAAAAUUUACUUUCAACCCAGUGGAGAUUAGGUCGGGUGCUGAAGUUGCACGAUAGUCCGGAUGGUCAUCCCAGGUUAGCAACAGUAAGGGUCCAGUCCGGAGAAAUAACUCAAACCAUACACAACAUAAGUAAGCUUCCAACAACCGAACGGGAAAAUUCAUUAAGAAUUUUGGUGGGCGGAAUGUUGCGGCCUCAACCCACUGCCGGGGCACCAUAUCGUGCCGCACCAGCCUCUGAAAGCAUACCUUGGGGAGGCUGCAAACCGUGA